CCCUCGAUGGCUGUCGAGGGGAGAGAGCAGCCAGAGGGACGAAGGGGAGCCCUCAGCGCGGGCCUUGGGGAGCGGCCCGGCUGGGCCCGGCCCCAUCCGCCCUCCUCAGGCCUUUGGGGUUGGGCGGUUGCACCGGGGGGGUCCUUUUGCUUUCCAAGCUCUUUCGUUUCCCAACUGAGGAGGCGUGGGCAGGAGGGGGAACCGCUCCAAGGCCCCGGCACCGCUCCCUCUACCGGGGGAACCAGGCGGGAUGCGGCAGGACGGGCUCGUCCCUUCCCCAAACUCGCUCAUUCCGGCCUGAACGGGUCUGAUGAGAGAGAAGCGUUUCCUCGUUUUCCUCUUCCCCCGGAAAAAAUCGUUGCGGAUCUCAGACAUCUGACUUCACUGGCCAGUGAGGACAUAUCUCAAGCAUGGGAAAUAUUUUUGCUAACCUCUUCAAAGGCCUUUUUGGCAAAAAAGAAAUGCGUAUUCUAAUGGUUGGUCUGGAUGCUGCAGGAAAGACCACUAUUUUGUACAAACUUAAACUUGGUGAAAUAGUAACUACUAUUCCUACUAUAGGUUUCAACGUGGAAACAGUAGAGUAUAAGAACAUUAGCUUCACAGUCUGGGAUGUAGGCGGUCAGGAUAAGAUCAGACCACUCUGGCGCCAUUAUUUCCAGAACACACAAGGUCUGAUUUUUGUGGUUGACAGCAAUGACAGAGAACGAGUGAAUGAGGCCAGAGAAGAGCUCAUGCGAAUGUUGGCAGAAGAUGAGCUUAGAGAUGCCGUUUUAUUAGUGUUUGCUAACAAACAGGACCUGCCGAACGCGAUGAAUGCAGCAGAAAUCACAGACAAACUCGGACUGCAUUCUCUUCGUCACAGGAACUGGUAUAUCCAGGCAACCUGUGCCACUAGCGGAGAUGGUCUCUAUGAAGGACUGGACUGGUUGUCCAAUCAGCUCCGAAACCAGAAAUGAAACCGUAAAAACCUUCCUCUUCCCUCUUUUUCCACCCUUCCCUCUUAUUUCCUCUUAUUCGCCCUUCGCUUUACUCUAAUGUGGCAAACUGUGCUACUUUGUGGUAUUGAGUGCCGGAAGCUGUUUUCAUUUCUUUUUUGUCACAGUAUAUAUUGCAUCAUGCUGUAAAUGUGGCAAAUACAAGCCUGAAAACAGUUAGGUUUCUUAUUUAAUGUAAAUAGUUUUCGUUUCCAAUGAGGCAGUUUCUGGUACUCCUAUGCAAUAUUACUCAGCUUUUUUUAUUGUAAAGAAUCAACUCACUGUUUAGUACUUGGAAGGGAUUGAAGUGGGUUAACAUAAGGUCCUUGCGCAGUAGAGCUGAAUACGAUCUCGGUUGGGUUGUGAGGUCUGAGAGAUCCAUUUUUGGUGGUUGGUUUUUAACCUGAAUUCUGUAUUUUUUUAAAUAGUCAAGGAAAAGUAAAAACACUUCAGCACACAAACGUUUGACAUAGCUUCUGCUGUUCCAGCUCUAACGUGGUGACUCUUGAUUCUUUUUGACACGGUGAGGCAAUGAUCGACACCCAAUUAGCUUCAUCUGGUUAAAGAACAGAUUGGAACUAAUAGAUCUCUGGCUUUUUCUGUAGCUCAUAGUACGUGCUCAUAUUUGUUCAUACUCGUUAAAAGAGAUGUCAGACCUGGUUUAGAUGAGCUUGCAGACUCAUGCUAAACAUCUGACUUGUGGUUCAGGUGAGAUUUAUCACUUUCAUGGAACUUGAAUAAUUUCCAGAAGUCGACAUUUUUAGCCUGUCGUAUUUGUCAAAAGUGUUUUGUACUUUCCUUGUGUGUAAACCACUCCAGAAGGCAAACCUUUCCACAGAAAGCACAGCCUGUACUAGUCCUAAGCUCUAUAGGUAGAAAGUACUGUACUUAACGUAAGAAUUGCCAUGAAAAACACCAAACAUCAAUGUAUAGCGUCUAGAAAAAAAAAAGCAUGAGAGUUUGGAGAGUCAUUCCACUCUAGAAGUGUUCAAUCCCAUAUCUGUAUAUGUGUGAAAACCCUUGGCAUCCCUCAUACUGCAAGGUUCAGAUUUGCCAUCAGAAAAAAAGACCUCUUUACUUUUUCUUUUGUAUUUUGAUAAACACUGAAGAAGCUGGAGCUGUUAAACUUUAACUCGAGGAACUAUCAGAACUGGUUUAUUUAGUGUUGUGGAAACCUUUAUUGCUUUCAAUACACAAUUAGUAAUCAACUGUUUUGUAUACUUGUUUUCAGUUUUCAUUUCGACAAACAAGCACUGUAAUUAAAGCUAUUAGAAUAAAAUCUCUUAACUAUUUCAUGUUUUUUAUGCCUUGCUGUUCAUUUGAUCAUCUUGGCAGAAUCAUACUUGUUGAAUAAAAAGUUUCAUGAAACUUGCA